GAUCUGACACCUGGCAAAGUUGGGCAACCCUAUAUUGACUUCUGUGGACUGAUCCCGGGAACGUUACCUCUUUUUCUCCUGUGCAGAACAAAAGAGAGCCGCAAUCAUGGCGAAGAAUGUACACAAUGACUACAAGAUGAAGUUCUCUGUUGAUGAAGAGUACCCAGACCUCUCCCUGCACAACAACCACAUGGCCAAGGUUCUGACCAAGGAGAUGUACAGCAAGCUGAGGAGCAAGUCUACCCCCUCCGGCUUCACCCUGGACGACUGCAUCCAGACCGGUGUGGACAACCCUGGACAUCCCUUCAUCAUGACUGUCGGAUGCGUUGCUGGUGACGAGGAGUCCUACGAAGUCUUUAAGGAUCUGUUUGACCCCAUCAUCUCGGACCGUCAUGGAGGCUACAAGCCCACCGACAAACACAAAACCGACCUGAACUUCGAGAAUCUGAAGGGAGGUGAUGAUCUUGACCCCGCCUACGUCCUGUCCAGCCGCGUGCGUACCGGCCGCAGCAUCAAGGGAUACACCCUGCCCCCCCACAACAGCCGCGCCGAGCGCAGGAUGGUUGAGAAGCUGUCCAUUGAGGCCUUGGCAACCCUGGACGGUGAGUUCAAGGGAAAGUACUAUCCCCUGAACGGCAUGACCGAUGCCGAGCAGGAUCAGCUGAUCAACGACCACUUCCUGUUUGACAAGCCCGUCUCCCCCCUGCUGCUGGCCGCCGGCAUGGCCCGUGACUGGCCCGACGCGAGAGGAAUCUGGCACAACGAAUCCAAGAGCUUCUUGGUCUGGGUGAACGAGGAGGAUCACCUGCGUGUCAUCUCCAUGGAGAAGGGCGGCAACAUGAAGGAGGUCUUCAGGCGCUUCUGCGUCGGUCUGAACAAGAUUGAGGAGAUCUUCAAGAAGCACAACCACGGCUUCAUGUGGAACGAGCAUCUCGGCUUCGUGCUGACCUGCCCCUCCAACCUGGGAACUGGCCUGCGCGGUGGUGUGCACGUCAAGCUGCCCAAGCUGAGCACACACCCCAAGUUCGAGGAGAUCCUGACCAGGCUUCGCCUGCAGAAACGCGGCACAGGUGGUGUGGACACCGCUUCCGUGGGUGGAAUCUUCGACAUUUCCAACGCCGAUCGUCUGGGCUCCUCAGAGGUGCAGCAGGUGCAGCUGGUGGUGGAUGGUGUCAAGCUCAUGGUGGAGAUGGAGAAGAAGCUGGAGAAGGGAGAGUCCAUCGACGGCAUGAUCCCUGCCCAGAAGUAAAGUGGCGCGUGCUUUAGAUUUUUUUGUACUAUAAAAAUGACUAGCUUUGUCGUCAUCUGGGCAAGACACUGCCUCCCCGGACCUUUCCUAAAGACACUCAACGGUGCUCCAAC